CGCGUUGGCUACGAGCGGCGGCGAGGGAAGGGGAGCAGCAAGGCGAGGGGCGGCUCUGGCUCGGCUGAGUAGCGCUGCUGCUGCCGCGGUGGAUGUUUCCAUGUUGUUUGGUGCAUGAUUUAGAGGAGAGGAGGAGUUGGCAGCGGCGGGUGUCAGCGGCAGGGAGCGGGGAUCCGCGCCGCCAGCGGCCCUGCCUCUUUUUCUGCGCCCGUGUGUGGCAUCGAGGCAGCUGCCUGCGCUUGCCCUGCGGCGCCCGGUGGGGGCUCCCGGGCAAAGAGCGCCUGUGCCCCCCGGGGCCGGUGCGGCGGCGGCGGGGUGCGUGUGUGUGUGCGUGCAGUUUUAGGGGGGGUGGGGGUUGUGUCUGAACCAGUUAGGAAGAAUGACUCUGGAGUCCAUCAUGGCGUGCUGCCUGAGCGAGGAAGCCAAGGAAGCCCGGCGGAUCAACGACGAGAUCGAGCGGCAGCUGCGCCGGGACAAGCGGGACGCUCGCCGGGAGCUGAAGCUGCUGCUGCUGGGCACAGGAGAGAGUGGCAAAAGCACAUUUAUCAAGCAAAUGAGAAUCAUUCAUGGAUCAGGUUACUCUGAUGAAGACAAAAGGGGCUUUACGAAACUUGUGUACCAGAAUAUAUUUACAGCAAUGCAGGCCAUGAUCAGAGCCAUGGAUACCCUCAAAAUCCCAUACAAGUAUGAACAUAACAAGGCUCAUGCACAGUUAGUUCGAGAAGUCGAUGUAGAGAAGGUGUCAACUUUUGAGAACCCUUAUGUAGAUGCAAUAAGAAGCUUAUGGAAUGACCCUGGAAUUCAGGAGUGUUACGAUAGACGACGGGAGUAUCAGUUAUCAGAUUCAACCAAAUACUAUCUAAACGACUUGGACCGCAUAGCAGAUUCCACCUACCUGCCAACUCAGCAAGAUGUGCUCAGAGUUCGAGUCCCAACAACAGGGAUCAUUGAAUAUCCAUUCGACUUACAAAGUGUCAUUUUCAGAAUGGUGGAUGUAGGAGGCCAACGAUCAGAAAGAAGAAAAUGGAUACAUUGCUUUGAAAACGUUACAUCUAUCAUGUUCCUAGUAGCUCUAAGUGAAUAUGACCAAGUGCUUGUGGAGUCAGACAAUGAGAAUCGAAUGGAAGAAAGCAAAGCACUCUUUAGGACAAUUAUCACAUAUCCAUGGUUCCAGAACUCUUCAGUCAUUCUGUUCUUAAAUAAAAAAGAUCUCUUAGAGGAGAAAAUUAUGUACUCCCAUCUAGUUGAUUAUUUUCCAGAAUAUGACGGACCACAACGGGAUGCACAAGCGGCACGAGAGUUCAUCCUGAAGAUGUUCGUAGACCUGAAUCCAGACAGUGACAAAAUUAUCUACUCCCACUUCACAUGUGCUACAGACACAGAGAAUAUCCGCUUCGUCUUUGCUGCUGUCAAGGACACAAUCCUACAGUUAAACCUGAAGGAGUACAAUCUGGUCUAAUUGUGCCUAGGAGGCCCUCCAAAACCAACUUUGUGUGAUUAAAGAUAUACAAGAGGGACUGUAUUAUCUGUGAAAACAAUUUACAUAAUACUAAUUUAUUGCUGGCCUGGACUCUGUGAGUGUCCACAGAGUUUGUAGUUAAUAUUAUGAUUUUAUUUAAACUAUAUGGAGGAAAACUAAAAGAUGCUGAAGUACAUUCACAGCACAUUUCCUCAUUUUUUAGGCAAAACCUUGUGACUCAAUGUGUUUUAAAUUCUCAGUCAUACAUUUACAAAACAUGUUUUUGCUGUUGAAGCAAAAUCAAGCUGGUUUCAUCUUUCCCUGACCCUUUCUCUCGUGCCUCCUCCUACCCCCUGCCCUUAUCCUUCACAAGGUACAAUGGCCUUUUUUUCCCAGUUACAUUCCUGGGUGAAAUGUUUUCUGUUGAGUGAUUUGGUCAGGAAAAUACUAUCAUCAGAAUGUAAGUCCUCAGUUAUUCUAAUUUUGCAGUAUGUACUUUCUCUGAAGGAUCAAAAGUAUUGAUACUGUGAUUUUUAAAUUUUUGACAUGGGGGUCUUCAUUCUGUCUUCACUUUUCAGACUAGAGUAUUGGAAUUGAAAAAUAGAAUUACAGUUGUCCAAGGAUAUUAAAUUUAACUGUGUUUUCACAAUUUGGAAAGGUGCAUAGAAGACAGUAAUGAAAUAAUUAAGACACAACCUGGGAUGUAUGUGGAAUAUGUUAGAAUCUCUUUUUAGUUGCCAUGUGCCAUUUUUUUCUGUCUUAUUUUAUUCACAGAUGCCAAAUAAAAACAUCAUAGACACUACAUUUUCCCCAAUGGCUACAGCCUGAAACAGUGGGCUAUUUUAUUUUCUUUUUAGUUGUGUGGGUUUUUUUUCUUAAGUUAGAGCUUUUUUAAGUGUUCCUUUUUCCACAGUAGAAAAAAUAUUUUUAUUGUAUAAAACUAAUGUUGCCAAAUCUGGCUUUUUAUAAAACCAAUGCUCUUGAAACAUGAGAUACUAAUUGAAAUGCCAAACUGAUGGGUUGGGAACUGACCUAAUUGAGUCAACUGCCAAAUGAUAAACAGAGUUUCAGCUCUUAUGUUCCAUUUGUUAUGAAGUGUUCCAUUUUGUAAUGCCAAAACAAUGCACAUGCAUGUGGUCUACUAAUUUAAAGACAGUUUAAAUCUCUCCUUAUGUCAGAUAUGGCAUGAGAUUUUAUUCUGUCAUAAUAUCAAGGCACCUCUAGUUGUAUGACAAGAAACUAUUGAUGAGAGAUAACACUCAGGAACCUUUCUUGAUAAGGUUGCUUGUUAACUGAUUUGCAGACUUUUGAUGGGCUUUCCUGCAAAACAGCCUCUCUUAAUGUUCUUUAGAAAAGAUUUAUUAAUGUAGAAGAAACUAUGAGAAGAUAAUUCUUGACAUUUACAUGUGCAAUUUUUAACAACAAAAAUGCAGCACACAUUGAUGAGCCUUUAUUCUGCAGCUUAGGUUGAAAGGUGUUUUUUGACCAGGUGCGUGAUUGCUAGCAAGCUACAGAAAACUCGGUGUUCAGACUUUUAAUUGGAUUAUCUGCAAUGACAAGUAGCACUAGAGUGCACUUAAUACAGAAAUUACUGCUUCAUAGCAGCAGAUGGGAGGUGGAAAAAAUAAUGGCUUAUUAGUUGAUUACCAAAGUUAACAAUAAAUACUAAUGAGACAUUUUUCAUCUUUAACCCUCCCAGCUCCAAAACAACAAUAAUAAGAACGGUUGCUAUUUUUUUCUCCCUCUUGAAACACCUUGUAAUUUAAAACUGGUUGUAGGUAUAGUGCAAUUAUGAAUGCUAUAAUCAUUGUACAUACAUCUAUAUAUAUAUAUAUAUAUAUAUAUAUGGCAGCAUCCAUAUUGGCUUUGUAAUCAUUAAUUUUUGGCAAAUUGAAUGUGCUGUAUUGAUAUGUAUCUAUGUAAUUGUAUUGUAUGUCUUAUAGCUAAUUCACAUUUUAAAUGUUAUUUUAUUUACUUUUUUAAGAGAGAAGAAUGUAAAUUUUGUCAGUUUAUUUCUGACUAGGGGUUUGUUGUUGGUUUUUAUUUACAAAACAAAAAAAUUUACUAUAGUACAGAGCGGUACCAGCAUCGUGCUGUAUAAAAUCAUUUGCACAUUCCUGAGUAGAAGUAAAUUGGAGACACCCAGACAGAAGACCAUUCACAUUCAAAACAAUGCUUAAAUCGUCAGGGCUUUAUACAGCUGUAGAAACCAGUCCUAUUAGAAGAAUUUACACUGUUACAUCUAGGAUUGGAACAUAAGCUUUUAAAUAUAAAUUUAAUUUCUAUUUGGCAGAUUCAUGUUAGGUUACUUUUCUAAUAGGCUUUAUUAGAGAAGUAAACUUAAAGAUAUUUCAAACCAUUGUACAUAAGUACUAAUGGGUAUAUGCUGUUGCCCUAAAAAUACCAUGAAAAAAAGUGGAACACCAGAUCAAUCAGUAUUUCAGAAAUAGUGGAAAUCUUAGAUACAACAACAACAACCAGAAAAUCACUAUUGUUAAUGUUUUUAAGAAGUUAAAGCAUAUUAUUUAAUAAAGCUAGAGGAGAUAGGUUAUAAAAAGUGACACUGACAUUCUGAAUAGGGGAUCAGAGCAGUGACUCUUACUUACAGCAUUACAAAAUUGGUCGUGAUCUUGCUAUAAAUGCAAUAGAGCUUUUAUUUUCACAGUUCCACUGUUGACAAUAUCCUUCUUUUAACCUGGGAAUACAUUGCCCACACUGGAUUCAGUGCUAUAAAUGGAACUGUAGCCAAAAAAGAAAGAAAAGAAAAAAAAAAAGAAAAAGAAAAAAAAAAGAGGAAAAAAAAAAAGCAGUGUCUAACAAAGAUUUGGGUUUGUUUGUGUGUUUUUCUUCAUUUGUUUUGUUUUGUUAUGGGAUACUGGGUAGGGGAGAAGGAAAUAUGGUUCUGAGUUUUGUAUAAAAACAAAAGUUUACUUAUGCUUUCUAGUCAUAUUGUCAUCGCAAACGUUUUCAGGAGUGUGUGCCACUUCUGGUGUAUUUUAGGUAAGUUGAACCUGUGGCAAUGUUGAAGUCAUUUGAGCAUGUUCUGGGGAAAGGAAAAAAAAAAGGAAAAAAUAAAAAAGGAAAAACUAAACAAACUAAAAAAAAAAACCCACACCAAAAAACUCAGCAUAUCAAGGCAAGCUUUACAUGAAUCACCUAACACAGCAUUGCAGUGUGACAGUUUACAAAAACGUUUCCUUUUUAAAUGACUCAGCUGUUCCCACUUGCAGUAUAUUGCAUUGUGGUGGUGGUGUAGUUGUUGCUGUUGUCCUAAUUGGUGGUUUCUACUAUGCCUUGUAGUGCUUGAGUCCAGAAUUUUGUGCCUCUAACAUGAAGCUGAAGGCAAAACCAUCAAGACAGAAACCCGUUUUACUUUGCCAAAAUUAUGUGAUUUCUUUGAAGGUCGUAAAUGGGGGAAGAGGGAAGGAAAAUGUCUUGGGAACCUGUGUAUUCUAGGUGUUCGCUAGCACAAAAAUAGCUGUAAUACAUGUUUUACAGAAACCUUAAACUUGCCUUUUUCACAAAUUAACUGGCGCUGUCCUUACAUGUAUAGGAUGAUGCAGCUAUAAGGGCAGUUUACUUUUUAUAAUUCAGACUCUUGAUUGUCAAGGUGUAUGGACUGUAAUUUUUAAUCAUACUGCAACAUGGUUGUGAAUCACUUUUUUAAGUUUGAAAGGGGAGAAAAGACUUUUUAUGCUGGAUAUCAGUCAGAAUUGACUGCAUGAUUUCCAAAACACUGAAUGGGGGAAAAGGGCUGCAUAUAAAGACAUUGCUAGACUCCCAGAGUUUGGUUAUAAGGUGCAGAAGACUUUCAGAUUACUCAGCCUCAUGACCCUUUCCUUGUUACACAUUCUUCGCAAAAGAAUGAAAUACUAGGAGAAAACAAAGGCAUGUUAACCCACAUGAAAAAAAUAAAAUUUACCCAAUUAAUUUAUUAUAUGUGCUGCUGUUCUUGAAGCUCUGUGCUUGGUUAUCCUGCAAACUAUUACAUUAGUGAACUCUUGUUAAUAUGCAUAGCAUAUUAACAAGGCCUACGAAUGACCUACCUCUAGCUAAGAGACCAGUAAAGUAAAUGUGUUUUGGUGAGUCCUAAGUUAGGAAAUUGAAAUGUGCUGGUGUAGGUAAUUAACUAUUUUAGAAUUUCACACUUCUGUAAAUACGGUCUCUCUUUUAACAUAAACCAUAAAUUCUAAAAUUUAAUACACAUUAAACAACUAAAGCCAUCUGUCCCUGUCCAGUGUGUUAGUUUAGUAGAGAUCUUGCAAAACAUGUUUAGUUUGAGAAAAGGAGUUACUGAUAUUUCCUCUUUUGGGGCUUUGGAGUACCCAUAACAUUUUGAGUUUUAUCAGUCAAACCAUAAACACUUCUGCAUAGUCAGCUAUACAUUGAUAUUCACUAUUUAGCUAGUUAAAGGGAUUUUACUGUAAGUUUCAUUCAAACUUUUUCACAGCAUCCAUGCUGCAGGAAAUAAAGGAAUAGGGGAAGAUUUUAAAGAUAGUGUGACAAAUACAAAGUCAGCCAGGUGAAUCUUACUGUAAAUCUGUUGGUUUGAGGUUUUUUUCUUUUAAAAUACAGUCAAAGCUGAAGUCUGUUGCUGGACUCCUCAAUUACCACACUGCAGGAAAUCCUUAUUUGACCAAUUUUUUUAAAUUUUUUUUAGGGGUGUGGGGGGUGAUGUCAAAUACGUUUUUAAACUUGCAGUAUUUAAAAAUAAAGAUCAUAUUUGUUGUUCUUAAA